GUCCUUGAUAAAUAAUUCCCAUCCCCUCUGUCUCGUAGCGAUCUGGGCGAAGCAGUUGUGUUGCCGCAGUCACUACUCGAUUUUUUUCCUUCUCACUUGACCAUUGUGGGUCUGGGGUUUUUGUCCUUCCUCCUCCGCCUUUCUUUGCUCGCACCCCCAUCCGUUUUUCAGCCGCAUAAAAACAUACACACGCCCCUACAAGAAACUUGAAUUCUCUUCUCAUUCCGAAUUCCUGGUCAGCAUUUCUCAGCAGUCUCAACCGCCGACAACCAUGGCUACUCAACUCUCCAAACGCCGCAAGAACGAACUAAAAGACAUAGCCCAGCAGCUGGGCCUUUCCACCGAAGGCGUGCGUGAGGAUCUGGUUGACAGAAUCAAGUCGCAUGUCGCGAAACAUGGAUCCAGUGAUCCCUCGCUGCAUCAUCUCGUCCGUGAGGAUAGUUCUCGAGCUGGCCAUCGCCUAGCCAGCCUUUCCUCCGCUAAUGAAGAUGACGACACCUCAGAUGGUACAUCUCAGUCCCGCUCUACGCGCUCAUCACCCAGAAAGAAAACAGCUCUCGACUCUCGCGACUCCACGGCUAGCAGAUCCGGUUCGGAUUCGGACAGUACUGAGGAUCCCUUAUCGGAGCAUCAGGUCCGCAACUUCAUGAGUCACGUACAGGAUGAGGUUCAUGAGGCCUCGGAUCUGGCCCAUUCGCUUGAACACAUCCUGCAAGAGAAAUACCAGACUAGUAAGGAAUCACUCCGACGAGCAUCCAAGGACCUUACCUCGUCUGUCACCCAUACAAUUGAUGGCGUCAAGGACGCUGUGAAUGGAGUCGGCUCGAAGCAACACAAAAGUAAGGGUGCCCACCGCGGCUCCCGUCGCCAUAAUGACGACGAGGACGAGAGUCACCGUCGUCGCUCUGGCCAUCAUCGCCAUAGGCAUCAUCGCGGAGUGGAUGCGUGGUAUCGUUGCGUUGUUGAGGAAGUCAAACACCGCUUUGUGGACUGCGCUGGCGCAUGUGGAUUCUCGACCUGCAUGUCCCGUAACUGGCAGAGGGUACAUGAUCUCGGCUCCUCGAGCAUAGGAUUCGUUUGGAUCACAUUCAUCCUUGAGCUUGCUGUCUUUAUGUCUGCUGCAUAUUCUCAUCAUGAGCAUCAUGAUAAAGAGAGUUGGUCGUCGUGUUUCGGAUUCUUCACGAACUGGCCCAACUUUUUGCUGCCCUUCUUCGCAUACUACGGUGCUUUGUUUGUAAUCCCGACACUUCUCUCUCAGCUUUUCAACGUUGAUCGCGCCCGCAAGGUGCGCCACGACGUUGAUGAACAUCAUCACCACAAGCCUUCCAUGACCGGACUUUUGUCCCGCACCACGACCUCUGGACUCUCUUACUUUGUCUUCAAGUUUGCAAUGACUUAUCUCUUGAGCCAAUACACCCUGCAUCAUCCCGUCUCAUCUGUUUCAAAGCUAACUGAAACGGCUAAGGAAGCAGCUGAAACUGUUGCCAGCUAUACUGGUUUCGCACACAACCAUCAUUCCCACCAUUUGUGGAGCGACUGCGAGGUCGUGGCCGAGGUCUUCCGCUUUGUGCCUGCUAGCCUCAGCUUGGCUACCUCGGGUGUUGGAACUGUGCUGGCACUUGCAGAGGCUGUUGUUUCAAAGCGCAAGUGAUCAGGAUCUUUGUGACGAGCUGACAUGUUGUGAACUCGUUGCUUGUAUUCAAAUCUUCGUACACUCAUUUAUUUGGAAUAAAUAUCAUUGACAUUUUCACCGAC